AUGGACCACGUGAGCGUCCUAUCCAGGGAACUGUACCGGGUGGUGGGCGAGGGCGAUCUCGAGGCGACCAAGAGCCUGUUGGCCGACGGAGCUGAUGCCGAGUGGCGGUGCGAGUGGGACGACGGCAAAAAUUGUCUGCAGCUUGCAGCGCUUGCAGGUGCCUCGCACAUUCUGCGGACGCUGCUGGAGACUCAGGCUGUGGACGUUCACGCCCGUGACGGAUCUGGGCGGACGGCGCUUCAUCUGGCGGUGGCCGGCGGAUCAGCCGAAGCCGCCGAGCUCCUGCUCGAUGCCGGCGCCGAGGUGGACGCCAAGGUGUGGGAUAUGUACGAGACGCCGCUGCUGCUGGGCGUGAAGGAGGGCGCGCAAGAGGCGGUGCAGACGCUACUGGAGCGCGGGGCAGACGUCAACUGUGUGGAAAAGACGCUUGGCAUCUGCAACAUGACGCCGCUCCACUGGGCGGCGAAGCUUGGGUUGGAUCAUUCUGCCACGUUGCUGCUGUAUUACGGUGCCAACGUCGAGGCGGCCAACGAUUACAAGGAGACGCCGCUGCAUCUGGCGGCGGCCGAGGGCCAGGUCUCGGCCGCGGGCAUUCUUGUCCGCGCCAAGGCUGAUGUCAACGUGCGCAACGUCGACGGCAAGACCCCGCUGCACCUCGCUGUGGAGAACGGCGAGGUUGAGUCUGCAGAGCUGCUCCUCACUUCGGGCGCCCACGUUGACGCCCGUGACAAGAACGGCGAGACGCCGCUCCACGCCGCCGUCCACCACAACCAGCUUCCGGCUGUCCUGCUCCUCCUCGAGCACGGCGCGGCGCUGGAUGAGCAGGACUCACGGGGAUGGACCCCGCUCCACACCGCGGCAUGGACCGGCAAGCCGCGCAACGUCAAGGUCUUGCUCGACAAGGGCGCCGACGUCAACCAAGUUGACCGUAAGGGCGCAACCGCCCUGCACUACGCGGCCCAGUAUGCCCGAGGCGAGUGCGUGGACAUUCUGAUUGCCGCCGGCGCCUCGCUCGCCCAGCAAGACGCGGACGGGCACACACCGAUUGACCACGCCUUUGACAAAGGCCAUGUUCAGCUCGUUAAUCUCCUCACCCAGCGGAUGAAAGCCCGCGACAUGACCGACGCCUACGUUGUCGACUUGCUCAAGCAGCGCCAGCGAGUCCGCGACCGCAACGUGGCACUCGCCUCCAAGCUCAUUAAGCGGGCAGGCGGGCCUCACGCGAGCGACGGCAAUGGGCUGCACUCAUCCGGGGCGCCAAAGCCACGCCCGCCAGCGGGCGCGCGGCCAUCGUCGGCCUCGGCGUUGGCGUCGGGUGCGCGCGGCGCACGCUCGCUCCGUCGCCCCAAGUCUGCCGCCGAUGACAGCGGGCGGCGAGGCCGGCCGCGCGGGCGGCUGGGCUCGACCCGCAGCCGGGUCCCGACCUCGCGCUUUGAGGCUCCGGAGCUCCCGCCGCUGUCGUCGACCCAGGUCGGCUCGCUCUCGUCGUCGCUCCUCCGUCCGCCGCGCCGCUCGCCGUACUACGCACCCAAGACAGCUGCCACGCUCGAGGCGCGCCGGCUCGAAGCCGAGGCCAAGGUUCAGAGCGAGAUGCGGCGGUGGAACCGGGCACAGGCUGCAGCGCAAGCAUCGGCGGUGGAAGCACAGGUGCCAGCCUCGCUGCCGGCGACUGGGAGGGCCGGUGACGAGUCGCUGGCUACUCUUGAGGCCGAGGCCGAGAUUGAGCGGCUCAAGCUCGAGCUCGCUGAGACCAAGCGUCGCAAAGUGCUCAAGUACGAGAAGCGGCAGCUAGAGAUGUCGCGCGAGCUACGGAGGCUCAAGCGCGAGCUGCAAGAGCGUGAGGACGCAGCCAAGGCUGUCGGCGUCUCGGUUGCCAACUCGGACACGCUCUCUAUGGACUCCUCGUCGUUCUCGCAAAUGUCCAAGAAGGAGCUCCGCGAACGCAACAAGCUGCGACGCAAGCUCUCGCAACUCCGCACGGCGCACGCGUCGGCGCUACAGGAGCGCAACGAGAAGAGCGAAGAGAACAAGAAGCUUACUAAGCAGAUGAAGGACUUGCGUAAGCGACUCCGGGUCCAGCAGGACAUCCUUCGCUCGAAGAACGCCGCGCUCAAGGACAAGGAGGGCCAGUUGCGCUCCAAGCACUCUGAGCUCCAGUCUGCGCGAACCUCGGCGCCGCACGCCGCGGCCUCACACAGUGUUGUCACUGUUGACACGUUCCUCCCGACGUGGCUCACGGCGCGGCGCUUCCGGAUGAAAAACCCGCGACAGGCGUCGUACCGGCCAGAAGAGUCGUACUCGAAGCUCUCCACAAUUGUCGGCCUCCGCCGGCGCAAGCGUAUGAUGCCAACUCAUCUCAACGCCACGGAGCGCCGACAGGAAGAGCUUGCUCACGUUCGCGAGGAUAUGACCGACAUGCUCUACUUUAUGGUCCACCACGUCGACGACUUUGCUCGUGCCGAGGCCUUCCAGCGCAUGCAGGACGAGACGGCGGCCAAGCAGGCCGAGUACGAUGAGGCGCUGGUGGCCAAGCAAGAGCAAGAGGCCCGCAUUGAGGAACUCCUUGCCGAGCUCGCUGCCGAGGAGGCCGAACUCGAGGGCCAGCGCCACAAGCUAAUCGAGGGCAUGACCCACGAGUUCCUCGCCUUUGCCGAGGACGCCGACACCAAGGCCGAGCCGCUCACCGAUCCGGAUCCCAAGCGGUCGAACAAGCUCUCCAAGGGCGCCCUCUACCGGCGCAAGAAGCGUCGCAAGCCACAGUCGUCGUCGGUCUGUGCCGUCAUGUAG